CUUGAUUGGAGUUUGUGAUAGAAGAAGACGACUCGACAGAAGAGAGGGGAAACGCUUUAAAGAAAAUGUCCUCGGUACCAGACGGGAAGAAGCUGGUCCGCAGCCCCAGCGGCCUCCGAAUGGUCCCGGAGAACGGCGCCUUCAACAGCCCGUUCUCCCUGGACGAGCCGCAGUGGGUCCCGGAUAAAGAGUGUCCGAGAUGCAUGCAAUGCGACACCAAGUUUGACUUCAUCAGACGAAAGCACCACUGUCGGCGCUGCGGCCGCUGUUACUGCGAUAAAUGCUGCAGCAAGAAGGUGGCGCUGCCCCGGAUGUGCUUCGUUGACCCGGUGAGGCAGUGUGCGGAGUGCAGCCUGGUCUCACAGAAGGAGCUGGAGUUCUACGACAAGCAGCUCAAAGUGCUGCUGGGAGGAGGGAUGUUUGUCGUCACUUUGGGAACGUCGGAUAAAUCUGAAACCAUGACAUGCCGCCUCUCCAACAACCACAGAUACCUGUUCCUGGACGGUGAAAGUCACUUUGAGGUGGAGCUGUCCCGCAUCUCCAGCAUGCAGAUACUGACAGACGGGACGAGUCCAGGAGAGGAAGACGUUCACACUUACACCAGCCUGCUGGACGGCCUGUGUGUCUCUGAAGGAGGGACGUCGCGGGCCAGUGGGAUGCUCCUCCAUUACAAACCAAUGGGCUCCCAGGACGCCCAGCAGCUACAGAUGGAGGCUGCAGAAGACAAGAAGGUGGCAUCGCUGUGGCUCACUGCAAUGCACAAGGCGGCCAAGCUGCUUCACGAAGCUCGAGACCAGUGACGGCCAGGGGGGGACGGAGGCAGCACACACCCAAGUGUUUUCCAGCCGAGUCGGAUUCCGAUCGGGUUUGAUCUCAUCACCGCAGAUUCACUUUAUCCAUCUGAUCUCUUAUCGGUUCUUUAUGCCAGAUCGUUUAUUGUUGUGUUUUUUGUUGUUUUUUUUUGCAAGAAAUCUUUCUAAAAGGAGAAAAGAGCACUUCACUCACCUCUCUGAGCAGUACCCUGUACAUGUGCAGGUCUAUUCUGUGUUUUCUCUGUUCAACGCUCCAGUCUGGUUUCACUCACUAACUGGGCCGAGUAGAUGAAACGUUUUUACAGAACCCUGAGGCUUACUAAUGUUGGAGGCUUUAAUAUUAAUUCUGAAAUGUUACUCUGUACUCUUAUGAAGGUUGUACAACACACUUUUUGCACUCAGUUCAUUGCACAGUGAUUUUAAACGCUGCUGUUUGUGCAGGGAUGACAGAACCAAGUUGUAUCUUCAGCAGAUCUUCCAGUUCCAAACUCUUUCUAAGCACAUUAAAGGAAACAUGCAGAUUAACUUGUGGCACAAGGUUGAGAAGCAGAUAUUUUCAUCUUUCCUUUUUUGUAUUAAGAAGCUGUAGUUGUUGUCUGAAUUCCUUUGAAAACCAAGUAAGAACUGGAUCUUCUGUUCUACUUUACAUUAGCUCUUUUAAACUAUUUUUAAAUUGUUUUGAAACCAACAAUUGUGUUUCUUCUAGAGCUUUUUUCUAUGCUAACGCUUUCCUACAUUGUGCAGCAAAGUGCAUGGAUCCGAAUUUUGUUGGCAGUCGUUUCCAGUCGCAUUGUUUUGUAAAGCUCUAACCUGCCCAAACAAUUUUUUUUCCUAAAGAACAACGGCAGAAUAUAGAACAACAUGGGAACGGCAUUCCAAUUUUCUUUGUAUCCUUCCUGCCAAGAAAACCUAUUAGGCUUCUUCCAUCUCUGUGCUUCCUGUGGCCUCAGUUUGGAACACCUCACUGAUGGUGAAAAUGAUAACCUGUUAGUCUUCACUCAGUAACAACUUCCACACCGAAAGCCAUCAUUACUGCGACCCACCUCUCUGUCUGUAGAACGUCCGACCCUAAAGUCGACCUUAAAGUCCCCAGCGCUGGGUACCAGCUGUCUGUUUGGUGCGUCUGUAGUUUAAAUGUGCAUGAACAUGUUUACUUGCUAACGUUCAACUCUGAAGAAUUUCUUGAGCUGAUUUUGCUGAUUAAAGUAGAAAACCAUUUCUGAAGCCUAAGUGAGAAAUACUAAGUGUUAGGGAGGACAGAGAACUGACAAAAUUAUGCUACACUUUCUCAGUCAGCUGCAAAAUAUGUGCAUAAUUUUAAUAGAAAAUAAGGAAAUGAGAAGAAGAAGAAGAAGGUCAUUGGCUUUAGAGGCAACAGCCAAGAAAGAAGGCACAGAAACGGACUGAAAGAUUCUGUAAGAGUUUGAAGUGUUCAGGAUUUUCUGGAUGAGGCCAAACCCAAAAAACUCACCCAUCUGUCCAGUUUCUGAUAGACUCAUGUCACUUGGUCCUUUUUUUGGUUUAUUGUUUUCGUUUUGACUAACUUGCACUCCUGUCUGCUUCUGUGUCUAAUGAGCUUCAGACUAUUCACUGACCAAAGUGAGGAAUAAACACACAGGAACUUUAAUUGUAGUUUCAUGUAUAAAAGUUUUCUAUGAGCUAUUUUGUUAACUUCCUGCUUUGAAUAACAGCCUGUCUGUUCUUCCUUCUUUUUUAAACUAAACUAUAUUGAAGUAUUAUAGUCACUUUAUGGAUUUUAUUUUGAUUUGUCACCUCGGUGUGAUGUGGAGCAUUUCAGCAGAGGCAACACACUACAGUAACUCUGUUACCUGGCAACAUACCUAGCAUGAGCUAAUGUAAAAAUAAAACCAGGUCAUUUGCAAAGGAGUGUCAUUUCAAAUAGGUUUAUGGGUAUUUGUGUGUAAUCUUUGGGGAAAAAAAACAUGAAUUCAUCACAUUGAUGUAUUUGGAAAAAAGAGAACUUAUACAUUGAGAUAAAUAUUAUUUGAAAACACAAUUUCAUUUGUAUUUCUAGGAUUUAAAGACAAACAUAAAAUUUAGCAAAAAGAUUAUUUUUUUUUCCCUUGUGGGGCAAAAAAUUCUGAAUAAUAAAAUUUUUAAAAAGCACAAAGUCCAACCCAAUGACAAAAAGUUCAGAUCUAUAAAACAUUUUACUGGUGCUUGUAGAAGAAAUUCAGUGCAAAGACGGGGAGAAACUGUAUUAAAAAACCUCUUUGUUAUUGUAUGUAAAUUUAAAAAUAUUAGCUUAUUGCUUAAUUUUUAGUCAGAAGUUAUUGAGAGCCCUAACUGAAGAUCUAAAGGGCCUCUUGUGGCUCCCGAGCCACAGGUUGCAGACAGGUGUAGAGGUUUCCACGUUGUUUCUAUGAUCUCAGCUGUAGUGAGGUGGACAUGUAACAUCGUGUUAACACCGAUGAUUUGAAAGCACGUGGUGAUUUAUGAAGAGGAUUCAUGGAAAUAUGGUUUUAAAGGAGCUUCUGAUUUAAAAUUAAAUUUCUUGAGAACUUUUCAAAAGCCUCUUUAUUGUCGAGGUGUGGAGAACAGAUCGCCUCUCCGGUUCGGUGGAGCUAAAAAUCUGAUUUUGAUCAGUAACUGACUUCUCCGUGGAUCUCUAAUCAUUUAACAAGGAGGUUCUUGAGUAAAACUGCUCAGUAACAAUUCAGAUGCCAAUCUUUGUUGCUGUAGUGUCGCUGACUCUACAAUGCUCAUGUGUAUCGGCGUGAACAACAUCAGAAUGAUUCUUAUAGCACAAAAUUGAUCAGCAAAAUGUCUGCUGGCAUGCCGCCUUCAUCUCACCAAUGAAAACACAUUUCUUCAGCUUAGUUCUACUUCAACGCACAGAUGUUGAUUUUGUUUUUUGAUCACAUGAUUUAGAAUGUUUAGAAGAUGGAGAAAGGCAAGCUCUAACAACAGAAAAGAGAUAUGAAUAAGAAACAAAACUGUACUUUAAAUAAAGAAGUGUCAGACUGUGCAGCCCUUUCAUUAUAAUUCUUUCUAUAUAUUUUUUAACCAAAUGUAAACUGCCAUUGUGUACAUGUGUAAUCUGUUCUGAAUACACUACCCUGUUUUCCCUUCUUGUUUUUAUGUUGCUGACGGCGCCACAUGUUGUUGGACCUUUCUGUUCAAAAUAAAAUCAGAUGUUUAUACAUAA